UUGUUCAUCAAGAAUUGGUGGCAAACGUUAGACCCAUCAAACAAAAUCUCUAUCUCUCUCUCUUUCUUUCUGUUUCUUCAUUUCUCUCACAACAUGAUUUUGCAGAUGCGGCACAAGCUAUCAGAAUAUUUGGUACUGUGGUAGCUAUCUGUGUACUUUGGUGGCCCUAGUUUUGUCCACCAUGAACUUGGAGUUUCGUGGUAAAAUCCCUUGGUUAAAUGCUCAAUUGAACACAGAUUCGGUGGCUAAUUCAGUUCCUACCAAAACUUACACUGAACAACCUAAGCAAGAAUCUAGCAAUGAUCCCAAAUUGUCCUUCCUUUCAUUGUUUCCUUGGGCAAACAGUGGUGGAGACAAGUUUCAAAGGCCAUCUACUAUCAAUAAAGGGUUAAAGAGGCAAGCACAAAAAGAUACUGAGGCCACUCCUUUACGCUUCAGGCCUUAUGUGUGUAAGGUUCCAUGGCACACAGGGGUUAGGGCAUUUCUUUCUCAGCUGUUCCCUAGAUAUGGACAUUACUGUGGACCAAAUUGGUCAAGUGGGAAAGACAAAGGGUCUCUUGUUUGGGACCGGCGACCGAUAGAUUGGUUGGAUUUCUGCUGUUACUGUCAUGAUAUAGGGUAUGAUACUCAUGAUCAAGCCAAGUUGCUGAAGGCUGACUUAGCCUUUCUUGAGUGUUUGGAGAAGCAGCAUGGGAGUACUAAAGGAGACCCUCAUAUUGCUCUUCUUUAUAAGACAAUGUGUGUUAAUGGUCUGAGGAAUUUUCUGAUACCAUACAGAAGGAAUAUUGUGAAUCUACAACAGUCUGGGCAACCCUUGAUUCAGUUUGGAUGGCUAAGCAAUUUGAGAUGGAAAACUUGGAACUUUCAGAAAACUAACAGAUUGAGCUCAGUGAAGGGAAGUACUGGCUCAUAACUUAUGUAUUUCAUCAAAUUUUGAAAAUAUGUUGCCCUAUCUAUCUUUAGUUUUUAAACCUUAGUUUGCUAGAGCAUGCUUCUAAUUGUCAUGGCUUCUGCAUUUUGUAUAGAAUAUAGUGUACAUAGCUGGUUUUGUAAAUUGCAAUCUUUGGUGUUAUGUAACAUGUUCUUCCUUAAUAACAUUGUCUGCGGUGGUAUUGUUAGUCA